AUGGUGACAAACUUUUCCGUGGACUGGCUUGCCCAGAGCUGUCAUGACUCCAAACAGGAUCCAGAACCAAUGGAGACUUCUCAGGCUCCUGUGAGAAGACAUGUGCCUUGUGUGGUCCAGCCGAGGCCUCCUACCUUUUAUGACAAGGUUUGCAUUCAGCUCAAAUUGAAAUGUAGCCAGAUUGAUGAGAACACAUGUGCAGUGGAUCAGAAUGAGAAGGAAGGUCUUGUGUUGACGCACUCAGCUCCAAGGAACUGCACCUCUCCGAGCUCUUCUGACAACAGUGGUUACUCUUCUGGCUAUGAGAGCGAAGCAGCUGCUUCCUCCAUCGAAGACGGAAGUGAGGGGGAGAGAGAUGGAGGCGCUCAGCGCAGAAUCAGGACCAAAUUCACUCCAAAGCAAAUCGAGAAGUUGGAGAAAAUCUUCAACAAGCACAAAUACCUGGAUGCGAGUGAGAGGGUUCAAACCGCACAGAGUCUCAAUCUAUCCGAAACUCAGGUUCGGACCUGGUUUCAGAAUCGCAGGAUGAAACUGAAGCGUGAGGUUCAGGACUUGAGAGCUGAGUACACCCUCCCCGCCCUGUCCCACAUCCUCUUCCCAGCACUCCCUUCGCUCCCCUUCCACUGCAGCGGACAGCGUGGGACUUUCCCCGCAGCUUGUCACGUGUCAACCCCGCAUGUGAUCGCAGCCGUGCCUGUUCAUCAGCCGCUCAUUCCUCAGCCCUGCCACAUGAUCCCCGUGCACCAUUACUACUAG